AUGGCAGCAGCUAUUAGCUAUUUAUCACCCGAAAACCCUCUUUUUUGACUUUAUUCGAUCUGUCCUCACCUGUGGUUCAUCUCUUGCCUACCUUCUACCGGAUCCGUCCUCCCACCACCAGACUCACUCUUAGGGAGCGCCAUUUCUCGACCCCUCCUCAAACGCCUCUACAAUCCUUAUAUCGCACGGCUGCUGGCUUUGCUGAGAAACUUAUGCCUCAUUUUGAAAACGGCGCAAUGGGUGAAAAUGCGGUCAACGGCGAGCGGGCUCAGUCCCAAUUCUUGGAGCACUUGACCUCCUACCCGGUUGUCUCAGACUCAAUCUCCUUCUACAAAGGCAACAAAUACGGCGCCAAGUCAUUGGAGUUUGCUGACCAAGGCUACGGCUUUGCCAAACCCUACCUCUCAUACCUGUCGAAGCCAUACGGAUACGUUGCGCCAUACGUCACUCGUGCAGAUUCUCUUGGUGAUAAGGGCUUGCAGAAGGUCGACGCAACCUUCCCUAUCAUCAAGGAAGACACUAAGACGCUCAAAAACACAAUCUACGAUACCGCUUACUUUCCACUACGACUAUUUGGGGAUGCUAAGAGCCAUGUCUUCAGUACCUAUGGCGACGAAUAUAAGAAGUGCGGCGGUGAUGGAGUCGUUGCGAGCGGCAAGGCUAUUAUCACCACCAGCCUCGUCCUCUCUCAGGAAUCGCUGGCAUUUAUCAGCUCCUUGCUGCAGAAAAAGAAGGCCCAGGUCAAGGACUUAGUAAACGAGCAGGCGCAGGAGUAAAACAUAUACCAUUCGUCUUGUUUGUGUUUGCUAAUAAUUGGGUCGGGAGUUGUGUUUUAGACUUUAGUGUCUAGCGUUCAUCAUUCUCUGUUAUUUUUUAUCGGGCUUGACGCAUUCAUUGUCUUAUCCCGUUUUCUUUUGUUGCAGGGUGCGGUUGGAUAUGCAUUACAGCUCACUCCAUUCUUAUACCUUCUCUGUCCGCACUCGGUUUGAGAGUCAGUGUAUGUCACCUUUCUUCGGUGCUUAUUAAGUAGCAACUCCCUAGUUCGAGUGAAGAUUCUCCUCUCGCAAUCGAAAAGCUACACUCCUUCUUUU